AAACGCGACUGGAAGGUAUCAAACCAACGUAGAGCUCUGGAAACAAAUCUUAGAUAUACUAUGGCCGCAUCUACUACAACCACGGAGGCUCCAAAAAAAGUCGAUCUUGGCCUGCUUGAGGAGGACGAUGAGUUUGAGGAGUUUCCUGCUGAAGAAUGGACGGGUAAGCUUGACGAGGCAGCGGAAAAAGCAAAUGUCUGGGAAGAUAACUGGGAUGAUGAUAACGUUGAAGACGAUUUCUCUGAUCAGCUAAGAAAGGAGCUUCAGAAAGCGGGAGUGAGCACCAAGGAGCUCGAGACAAAAUAAAUUUAAAAAAAUCAAGUACCACAAGCCUGGUGAUAUCUUCACGAAUGCUUAAUUACGUGGCGCACUGAAGAAACUCUUUACUCGCAGGGAAACUGUAAGGAAAGCUUUCUCGUUAAUGAAAAAUCUGUCGAAAUUUGAUUCAUCUAAUGAUAAUAAUUAAAGUAUGUAAAGUACUUUUGAACUCAUGAACUAUCGUUCACGAGCAUGUAAAUAGCUAAUUUUGUGUCGGCUUCUACCGGCCCAGAUUAGACAGCAUUAAAAAUAACCUGUGUACUUUGUUCAUAUUAAAGAA